AUGGCAGCCCCCCUUUAUCCUCUCACCAAAGCUGGACUGUUCUCUUGGGGAGAGAAAGAACAGAAGGCGUUUGAUGCCAUUAAGUUAGCAUUAAUGUCCGCCCCAGCUCUGGGACUCCCCGAUGUAACAAAACCCUUCCACCUGUUCGUGAUGGAGAACAGGGGGAUAGCCAAAGAGGUGCUGACUCAGAAGCUCGGACCGUGGAAACGACCCGUAGCAUACCUGUCUAAAAAACUAGAUCCAGUAGCUGCCGGCUGGCCUGCAUGCUUGAAAAUAAUCGCUGCAGCAGCAGUACUAGUAAAAGAUGUGGACAAAUUGACCCUAGGGCAAAAUCUAACUGUGACUUCUCCGCACGCACUAGAAAGCAUAAUCCAGCAGCCCCUGCAUCGGUGGCUUACAAAUGCUCGGAUAACUCACUACCAAGCCCUGUUGCUCAACUCCGACUGGGUGACAUUCUCUCUGCAGACCAGUCUCAAUCUGGCCACUUUGCUGCCAGACCCUGAUCUUGAACCCCCAGUGCAUGACUGUCAGCAAGUGUUAGCCGAAGCCCAUGGGUGGCAUAAAGACUUGACUGACCAGCCUUUACCAGACGCUGAAGCCACCUGGUUCACAGAUGGAAGCAGCUACCUAGACCAAGGAAAGCGUAAGGCAGGAGCAGCUGUAGUAGAUGGAGAAAAGAUAGUGUGGGCUCAGCCCCUCCCCAAGGGAACCUCGGCACAGAAAGCUGAGCUCAUUGCUCUUACGAGAGCGCUAGAACUGGGGUCCAGAAAGAAAAUUAACAUCUAUACAGAUAGCAGGUACGCCUUUGCGACGGCACAUGUGCAUGGAGCCAUUUACCAACAAAGAGGACUCCUCACCUCUGAAGGAAGAGAAAUAAAAAACAAGCCGGAAAUCAUGGCACUCUUAGAAGCUCUGCACAAGCCAGCCAAAGUUGAAAGCUCUCCAGGCAGUCCAAAGAGAAGUGUGGACCCAACUAAAAGCAGUCUACAAGCCCAGCACUCCAGAAGCAGCCCACCCGUUCCAAGUUGGAGACUUUGUGUUUGUAAGGCAGCACCGAGCACAGACCCUCGAGCCAUGGUGGAAAAGACCCUACUUAAUGUUGCUGACCACCCCGACAGCAGUCAAAUUCAACGGGAUUGCCGCCUGGAUCCAUGCAUCUCAUGUGAAACCUGUUAUCUCAGCUGA